AUGAAUCAGUUAGUAGCUGUAGUUUUAAAUUCUUCACGUAGAAUUUUAUUCGACAAGGUACUAAAAUGCAGAACCCAUAAAAAUGUAGAUCCUCCCAAGAUACAAUCUUCUUCAGAAAUUGAUUCCUUUUUAAGCGGGAGUAGUGCUCAAUACAUAGAAGAUAUGUAUAAUAUUUGGCUCAAUGAUCCUACCAAAGUUCAUGCGUCAUGGGAUUCCUUUUUCCGCAAUUCCACGGACGGAGCAGUUGGAUACUUUUCACCCCCUACGUUAGGUACUGUGCCUCGUCAACAAGAAGCUGGUUCUUCGGGAUUAGCUCCUUCUGAGGAAACCGUGGUAUCAAAGCAUAUGGCGGUGCAAGCUAUUAUUCGAGGAUAUCAAGUACGCGGACAUCUUUUGGCUAAAUUAGAUCCUCUAGGAACAACGGUUGCUUCAAGAGAUAGUAAGAAUGGAGGUGAUCCGCCAGAUAUUAUUUCUCCAUAUUACAAAAUCGAUCCGGCUGAUAUGGACAGAAAGUUCAAACUUCCAAAAACAACCAGUAUAGGUGGCAAAGAAAAAUAUUUACCUCUUCGAGAUAUUAUAAGCAGAUUAGAAACAGCGUAUUGUGAAAAUAUAGGUUUAGAAUACAUGUUUAUAAAUUCCGUGGAACAAUGUGAUUGGAUUCGCGAUAAAUUCGAGCCACCGGGAAGUACGGAAAUUCCCGUUGAAAAGAAAAAACUUACUCUGGCAAGAUUAGCCAGAGCCCAGCUUUUCGAAACUUUUUGCGCCAAGAAAUACCCAUCUGAAAAGAGGUUCGGUUUAGAUGGUUUGGAAUCUUUAAUACCUUGUUUGAAAACGAUAAUGGACAGAUCAUCAGAGCUUGGCGUAGAAAUGUUCGUUAUCGGAAUGGCGCAUAGAGGGCGUUUAAAUAUUUUGGUAAAUGUAUGCAGGAAAUCGUUAGUCCAUACGUUUGCGUUUUUUGAGCCUCUUCAACCUUUCGAACAUUGUUCUGGUGACGUUAAAUAUCAUUUAGGAGUGUUUACAGCGAGAAUGAAUCGAGUAACAAAUAAAAACGUUAAAAUUGUUUUGAUCGCUAAUCCAUCUCACCUGGGAUGCAGUUUUCCCGCUGUGCUGGGUAAAGUCAGAGGAGAACAAUUCUUUAAAGGAGACGUAGAAGGGAAAAAAGUGAUGGCAAUCAUUAUACAUGGAGAUGCUGCUUUGACAGGUCAAGGAGUCAAUUUCGAAAUAAUGAACAUAUCUGAAGUUCCCUGUUAUACUACACACGGUGUUUUACAUAUAGUCGCUAAUAAUCAAAUUGGUUUUACAACUGAUAAAAAAGUACAAGGAUCUUCUCCAUAUUGUACCGAUAUCGCGCGAUCAAUAAACGCUCCGAUUAUGCACGUAAACGCCGAUUGUCCGGAGAAAGUAGUUUACGUAUCAAAAGUGGCUGCCGAAUGGAGACAAAAAUUCGGCAGAGACGUCGUAAUCGAUUUAGUCGGUUACAGGAGAUACGGUCAUCAAGAAAUCGACGAUCCAAAUUUCACUCAACCGGUUCUUUACAAAAGGAUAAGUAAAAUGGUUCCGGUGUUCGAUCAAUACGCGCGAAAACUUGUUAACGAAAAAAUCGUCUCCGAAAACGAAGUGAAUAACAUCAGAAACGAAUAUCUGAAAAUAUUGGAAGACGAAUUUCAGAAAUCUAAACAAGAGAAACAUCUCAGUUUGAAGGAUUGGUUGGAUUCUCCGUGGGAUGCUUUCUUUGAAGGAAAAGACGAAAACAAAAUGAAACCGACAGGAGUCAAAGAAGAAACGUUGCAGCAUAUUUGUCAAGUUGUUUCCUCGUUGCCUCCCGAUUCGGCGAAAUUCGUUCUACACAAAGGUCUCGUAAAAGUCUUGAAAAACAGAAAAGAUAUGCUCGCAAAACGUACGGUCGAUUGGGCGAUGGGUGAAGCUUGUGGAUUCGGAUCGUUGUUGAAAGAGGGCAUUCCAGUAAGAAUGACCGGCGAAGAUGUGGAAAGAGGAACAUUUUCACAUCGACAUCACGUUUAUCAUCAUCAAGACAUUGAAAAUGAAACGUAUUGUCCUCUUCACAACCUUUACCCAGAUCAAGCCAAUUAUACAGUUUGUAACAGUACUCUUGCCGAAUACGCAAUCAUGGGCUUCGAGCACGGAUACUCUUUCGUUAGUCCCAACGCUUUAGUAAUUUGGGAAGCCCAAUUCGGUGAUUUCGCAAAUACCGGACAGCCUAUCAUUGAUCAGAUGAUAUCUAGCUCAGAAGACAAAUGGGCAAGACAAUCAGGAUUUGUGUUACAAUUACCUCACGGCUUGGAAGGUGGCGGUCCGGAACAUUCGAGCUGUAGGCCCGAGAGAUUACUGGAUAUGGUAUCAGAAGAUCCUGAUGUAAUGCCUCCGGAGGAUAUUAAGCCAAUACAACAUAUUAAAAAUAUCAAUUGGCUCGUUACAUAUUGCUCGACACCAGCUAAUCACUUUCACGCUUUGCGAAGACAGAUUUUAUUGCCGUUUAGAAAACCGUUGGUGAUGUUGGCACCCAAAGCAAUUCUUCGAUACCCGGAAGCACGAAGCUCAUUCGACGAAAUGAAGGAAGGUACUGAAUUCAAAUGGAUUAUACCCGAUGACGGCCCCGCAGGCUCAGAUCCUGCCGGUGUACAAAAAGUAAUGUUUUGUUCGGGGAAAGUAUUUUAUGACAUUAAAAAAGUUGUAAAAGAAAAACAUAUGGAGUCGAAAAUAGCACUUAUUCGUAUAGAACAAUUGGCUCCUUUCCCGUUUAGUUUAGUUAAAAAGGAAAUACAAAAAUAUCCCAAAGCGAAAAUAUGUUGGUUGCAAGAAGAACAUAAAAAUCAGGGUUUCUGGGAUCAUAUGGAACCUCGUCUAAGGACAAUACUUAAAGCAUUAAAGGACCCCAGAGACGUGAGUUACGUAGGACGAGCUGUCUCAGCUUCUCCGGCAACGGGAUUCCGAUUCAAACAUGGAACAGAAAUACGACAGCUACAGGAAGACGCACUAAAAAUAUGA